UAGCACGCAGCUGCCGUGUUUGGUUGUGGUCGGAGCGAGUAAGCUAGGAAGGGAUCGAGAAAACCUCUAGCAUCGUUAGAUAAACACCCCCAAGAGGUGUUAACCCAGCGAGUACACGACUGUCACAAUACCGAGGGAGCGGUAGAAAAAAAGGCCCGACUGAGUCCCUUCAUACAGCGAGGGUCAACAUGUCAGAGACAUACGACUUCCUGUUCAAGUUUCUGGUGAUUGGCAGCGCCGGGACGGGGAAAUCCUGCCUCCUCCACCAAUUCAUCGAGAACAAGUUCAAACAGGACUCCAACCACACCAUCGGCGUGGAAUUUGGUUCCCGAGUGGUCAAUGUUGGUGGAAAGACGGUCAAACUGCAGAUCUGGGACACCGCUGGGCAAGAGCGUUUCCGUUCUGUUACACGCAGCUACUACAGAGGAGCAGCUGGAGCGCUCCUCGUCUAUGAUAUUACCAGUCGGGAGACAUACAACGCCCUCACCAACUGGCUGACAGAUGCACGGACUCUGGCAAGCCCCAAUAUUGUUAUUAUCCUGUGUGGCAACAAGAAAGACCUGGAUGCAGACAGAGAGGUGACCUUCCUGGAGGCGUCGCGCUUUGCUCAGGAGAACGAGCUGAUGUUUCUGGAGACGAGCGCUCUGACUGGGGAGAAUGUGGAGGAGGGUUUCCUGAAGUGCGCUCGCACCAUCCUCAAUAAGAUAGACUCAGGCGAGUUGGACCCGGAGAGGAUGGGUUCAGGUAUCCAGUAUGGAGAUGCUUCGUUGAGGCAGCUGCGACAGCCCAGAGGCACCACCACACAGAAUAAACAGCAGUGUAAUUGCUAGGGAUCGGGGGGCACCACCCUCACCUCAGCCCACAGGCCCACACAGACAGGACGCCCACUACAGCUCCAGGUGUUUUUUGGUGUGUGGGACCCUUCCCUCUUCAGUCUCACACACCUUGGAUCACCUGGAUGAGUGGUCAUGGAGAUCACUGCAACCCCUUUGGCCCUGCGUCUGGCCAGGGAAACCCCUCAGUGUGAACAUGCUGGGAUCACAAAGAAGAGGACUCCUCUUCUUCUUCUAAAAAAAAAAGGCAGUUUCUCGGCUACUUACCAGACAAUGACGCGUCAAGGGUUGUGUGUAUGGGCUGUCCUACUGUUGUUUUAUCGCUGUGCUUUUUCAUUCUGGUUUUAGUAACACAAUCCCGCUUUCUAUGUUUGCACAUCACUGUUUAUAAAUUAUUAUUGGUAAACUAUUUCCGCGUAUUCAUCGCUCAACCUAUCUGGAUAUGAUUCAUGAUUACUUUGGUCAGAGCUUUUGAGUUGUUACUUUCAUGAAGACACCUGUUGAUAACUUGCUUUUUCUUAUCAGUUAUUUUAAUCCAGUGUUGUUGUUUUUUUUUCACAAAUUCAGCCCAUCAGUCAUAGUGAUAAAAGUAUCCUCCUGUAAGUCAGAUGGAGAAAACAGAUUUUGGUUCUGAAAUAACUGUAUAUAAAUUGAGAUCCAGAUACAAUGCAAAUCUUUGUAACGGUUUCUGCAGUUGUGAUCCAGUACAUUUUCCCAGUAAUGGAAGCAGCUAAUUAGUGAGUUAAAGGUGCAAUAUAUACAAAUUACACCUGUCAAAAUUAUAAUCAAAACAAAUAAGGAGCAGCAUGGGACCAAAGUAGCAUCUAAUUGCUGCUAACCUCAGUUGCUGUUAGCUAGUUAGCUUGCUGGCUCGGUUAGUUGUGAGUCUGGUGGUGCAGAUCUCGGAGCACCGGGGGAGUGUUGGUGUUUUACACCGGCAGCACAGGAACUUUGGAUGGCUUACUGGUUUGCAUGGUAAAUUCAGUAGAUAUCUCUCCAACAUAAUGUAGACUUCAUAACAUCAAAACUGUUUUUUCUUCAGAUUUUGUUGAUCAUUGAGUUAAUUUUUGAAGGUUUUCAACUAAAGUUAAUAUUACACCUUUUUAGAAGUGUGUUUAAGAUUUUAAAAGUCAAACAGGUCCAAAAUGUUCAUUUUCGCACUCUGAGAUGUGUGUUAUGUUCAGUCAUUUGCCAUUUUUGGCUUGCAUUAACAUGCACUAUUAUGCCAUAGAGUGUUGGCCUUAGUAAUAUACUUGUUAUUGUUGAUCUACAGUAUAUUAUUUUCUUUGUGAACCUGUCUCUAUCAAAGGAAUAGUCCAGUCACCCCACUCUACAUCCACAUAGAGGAGCCUGUGGGUCAGGUUUAAAGCACAAAAAAAAGAGAUGUUGCUCUUUAUUUUACUCCAAAGUUUCCAAAGUCUGUACAUUUUGCAUUAUCAGAUUUAGCCCCAAGUGUCUCUGGUCCUAUCACAGUGUAAUGUUAGGAAAGGGUCAUCAGUUUUCGCAAAACAAUGUCUCUGACUCCUCCUGCUGGCACUUUCUCCAUUUUCUUGACCUCCCUUUAUUUCAUGCUGCACAUACUGUACAAGGGACGUCACAGGAAACCACAGUUGGUUUUGCUUCGGUGCCAUGUUUGGGAGACUUUUCAAACUGCCCACUCAGUUCCCUCAUAGAGGCUCGACACUGUUUAAUCCUGCGAGGUUGUCAGUGCGCCUUGAUGAGAAUCAGGAUUCUGUUCAAGUAGAUUUCAGUCCUCCUCGUCAAGCUCUGUAACACCUCUGCUCUGUGUCAUUGAGUUUGCCGAGCCGACCCAGAUGUUUGCUCCUCAGAACAGACCCUGAGCUGCCCCUGGAGAGAAACAGGGAAUUUCCAUUGAAACAUGGUUUCCUCUUUCCGCGUAAAACACACAGCGUGGUUCGUGGUGCGGCGGGAGGAGAAUGAGGUUGUGAGUUAAUAACUCAAAAACAUCCCCUCCCUACUGUCGAGUCAAAGGCACUGCUUCUGUCUUAACCACUGAGAGCAGGUCACACUGACCCAGCCCAGAGGAUAUUAAAAAACAAACCUGUCUCUCAUGUCUCCUCCUCAAGUGUAAGCAUAUGUCCUCCCAGACAAACCAUAUGCGUUUUAAGCUUGAGUGAGCCAGCACACUGAAGGGAAAAGAGAUGGUGAGCACACAUGAGAUGGUAUAGGAUAUCAAGAGACAGAUGGUCAACAAAAAGUCGUUUUCAAAAUAUAUUGGCAUCGUGUGAUAGUUCGACUCCUUCUGCAAGUGCACUUUUACUUUUGAAUUUUCAUGUAUGUUUUUUUGUUUUGUUUAUAUGCUGCAACUAUAGAAAUGUACAUUUUAUUUUACAUGAACAGUAUCCUGUAAUAAAGAUUUUAAUUGUAGAUGUUUUCAUUUCUUACUAAAUAACAACUGAGGCUCUCGAUUUGAUGUCCUCGUUUGUGACUGUAGUGGUGGCAAACGCCUGCUGCGUCUGAGGUUUGACCUGUUUGGAUGCCUCCUGCUGACGUGGAGGUGACGAUGAAAGGGCGUCGACUUCCUGAGCUGUAGGAGGCCGUCAGUGGCAGCGGCUCUGAUCACUCAUUCACAAGCAGUCGUAUAUGUUCAAACUGUCAAAAAUCAUCGAAAUGGUCGAAGCAAUAGUUGGCUUUCAUUUACCUGUGUGUAUUCAUUGUACAGUUCAAAAUAAGAUUCAAAAUAGCCAUUCAAAAAAACAUUGAUUAAAUUGUGACGAACACAAUCUGACUCAGUUGUUGCUUAGUAACUAAUGUUAUAUAAUCACCCUAAAUUCUACUGUACAUCUCAAGUAACCUAUGCUGUAAAUAAGAUUUGUCUAUUGUCAGUUGAGGGUGAGUGUUGCUCAUUGAUUGUAUUGAUUAUGCAAUUCCCAGUAAACUGCUUGUUUUUUUCAGUUAAUAA